CUGCCACCUCAGUUCAAGUCUCAAUCUUCCCUCAUCUCAAGAAUUUGCAUACUCUCUCCCUCUCUAUCUUUCUCUCCAAGCUCUCCUCUGUCCUUCCAUGGCUCACUUUCUAAGAGUUGCAACUUCUUCUCUGUUGCUCAUGAUCACUCUAUUCUUGAGCUUAUCAGAAGCUAAAGAAAUUAUCAUUGGUGGAAAAACAGAUGCAUGGAAAAUCCCAUCUUCUCAAUCUGACUCCCUCAACAAAUGGGCUGAAAGUUCCCGUUUUCGCAUCGGCGACACUCUUGUGUGGAAGUACGACAGUGAAAAGGAUUCGGUGUUGCAAGUGACUAGAGAGGCUUACUUGAGCUGCAACAUCUCGAACCCAAUUGAAGAGUACAAAGAUGGGAACACAAAGGUGAAGCUUGAUCGAUCAGGGCCAUUCUAUUUCAUCAGUGGAGCAGAGGGACACUGCGUGAAAGGCCAGAAGAUGAUUGUUGUAGUGCUUUCCCCAAGGCACAGGUACACUGAUAUUUCUCCGGCUCCUUCUCCGGCCGAGUCUGAGGGUCCUGCAGUUGCCCCCACAAGCACCGCUACAAGUUUGAAAGGGAGCUUGGUAAUGUUAAUGGGGAUUUUGAUUUGGGUUUUGUUUUAAUAUGAAAGGGAAAUUUGGAUUUUUCCUUUUCAACUCAUCUUCUUUAUUCAUUUCGUUUAUUUUUGAGCCUGAAAUCAUGUAGAGAUCGAGAUCAAUAUUGAUUUGAUAAUGAGUUUCACAUUGCUAUAAGGAAA